AUGGCGGUGGCGGUGAAGAAGCGCCGCGUGUCCGGGGCGACACAUACCCCAGCCGCCUCGGUGACGGGGAGUCUUUCUGCGCUCCAUGUGGCAACCGCGGGCAGCGUGACGGGCCCGGUGGAAGCUGUUGUGGUUGCUUGCGGGGAGUUGCGCGGCGGCAAGGUUCCGGUCAUGGACUUCGUGGUGGCGGACAUGUCGACGUUGAUGGUGGUCGUGCUUCUCAGCUGCGUUGUGGAAAG